UUAUUUCUGAACUUUUAGUUUCUUUUAGUUUCUAGUGCUGUCUGGGCAGUUAAAGAGUAUCAUUGCAAGUAAGGAAGACACGAUAGCCUACGUCGGAAUUGCACUAUUUCUAAAAGAAAUAUAUCAACGCCCAGUUGUUUGUUGAAGAUACCAGUAUUACGCUAAAUAGAUGUGUUGAAAAUGUUUUAGUUAAUAACUUGCCAGGUAGGUUUGUGAAAUCAGGUGACUGCUGUUAAUGAGUAACAUAAAAGCCAUGUCUCCACUGUGAUGCUGUGGCCCAGGAUGAAGACUGAUAUCAUAUAAAUAAACCAGGCGUUGGACAGUGAUGAUCAUUCUGGUCUGGCUCUCUGUCAUCACCCUCCAGUCCUCCUCCUUUCAAAGACUCCUCAGUAGGAUUUACACAUUAACCAUGGGUGCUUGCCUGUGUAAGGAUACGCCCCGGGGAUCACAGGGACACCCCGUGGAGAUCAGUGACAGUGUGGAUAAUCCUUCACGUAGACAGGUGCCCCUGGGUCAUAUUGUCACGGAGCCACUUAAUCACUUGGACAUCAUAGAGAGCUUGAUCCUGAACACAAUGUAUAACAUCAAAACCUUGGUGGAUAAUGACCGAGCUCUACCCCAUUCCUUGCUUGCCAUACAUAAGAUUGCAGACACAGAAAGUGGAUGGCUACUUGUGGUCAGUUCUUUGGUCAAGGUCAUACCACUGGAAGACCCCCUGGGUCCUGCUACUAUCACAUUACUACUGGACGAAUGUCCAUUGCCUAGUAAGGGGACAAUAGCAAAGAUAACCUCAAAUCUCAAGAUAGGAAAGAAGACUGCCUUAGAUGAGAGGAAAUCCAAAAAUAUCCAGAGGCAAAGGAAUACAUGUAUUGUGUUGGGAUGUUUGGCAGAAAAAAUGGCAGGCCCAAACAGUACUUGCUUGAUGACUGGCAAUGUACUGGACUAUUUAUUUACUAACUUGGAAUCUGACUGUGAUCCAAUUGUGAUUUUGCAUUCCAUUGUUGCACUGGAAAAGUUUGCUCAAACAAGUGAAAACAAGUCCACCAUAUCUCAGGCUCUGGACCAGAUGGUGCCCAACCCCCUGGAGACCCUGGAGGCCUGGGGCGGGGUCAACGGCCAGCUGGACACUAGGAGAGAGGUCACCUUCUGUGCACAGUGGACGCUGGAUAAUUUGUUUGUGCCAACGGGACGCAAUUUCACCUACAAGUCAAUGGACCACUCGGGCAAAAAUGUAAUACUAAACUGCAAUGAUGUCAGUGAGAACCUGAAGAUUGCACCAUCUGGGCUAGAGGCCAGGUGUGACGCAUCGUCGUUUGAGAGUGUGCGAUGCACGUUUCAAGCCAACACGGGAGUGUGGUACUACGAGGUCAUGGUGAUCACUCCAGGAGUCAUGCAGAUAGGAUGGGCCACCAAGAACAGCAAAUUCCUCAAUUAUGAGGGUAAUGGGAUAGGAGAUGAUGAGUACUCCCUGGCUUAUGAUGGCUGCCGGCAGCUAAUAUGGUACAAUGCCAAGUGUGAACAUCACUCCCAUCCAUGUUGGAAACCAGGAGACAUCCUUGGUUUGCUACUUGACUUAGACAAACAGGAGAUUAUCUUCUCCUUAAAUGGUAACUGUCUACCUGCCUAUAACCAGGUGUUUGCACAUGCCAGGUCAGGAUUUUUUGCUGCAGCAAGUUUUAUGUCCUUUCAACAGUGUGAAUUCAAUUUUGGGAUGAAACCUUUCCGGUACCCUCCUAAAGUUGCAUUUAAAAAAUUCAAUGACUAUGGGAGUCUUACAGAUGAAGAAAAACUUAUUUUACCAAGGCACAUGAGGCUUGCCUUGCUGCGGCAGGUGACGGUGAAGGAAGACUCGUGUACGAUAUGUUUUGACAAGCAGGACACGGUGAUGUUGCUGCCAUGUGACCACACAGGCUUCUGCAUGGACUGUGCUAUGCAACUGGAAGUGUGCCCUCUGUGCCGGACUAACAUAGAACAAAGGAAACAAGUGGUGGUGAGGACAAACUCUGUGAAAAUUCUGAACAAAGAUGACGGAGUGCAUGGGACAGAAAGCGAGGAAACAAAACCGGGAAUGAAAAGUGCAAAAACUGAAGAUGAGAAAAUACAGAUUUGUAUGACAGAUGUGGAGAGUAGCACUGAUGCACAUUCUGCCCUGGAAGCUACGAGUACACACACGGAAAGCAGCUGAUGAUAUAGAAUUCACUUGACUCAGUAUUGAGUUGGGCAUAUCUAGAAAUAAAUUGUAUAUUCAAGGAUUAAUUGUGUCGAUGCAUUUUAAGAUUCUAAGGGCCUAUUCAGGACAGUGGAUUUACUAUUCUGAGGGUCAAAUACGUCCGACCCACUAGAAUACGUCCCACGGGGAAUCUAUUCAGUGUCUAUUAGCAGUUUGGCAGCAAGCCUUUUAGUGGGUCGCCACAUGUAACUGUUAUGAAUGGGGCCUAUAUAAGAGUCAAGUGUCAGUUUUGGUUCAGUUGACUCAAGACCCCCCUGUGAAUUUUGAAAAGUGAAUGCAAUUCAGUAAUUUUUAUUAUGUCAGGUUGUUUUUAAGUAUGAUGGUUAAUGCUGUUUCAAUUUGGUAAACUAUACUGAAUUGCUUUUCUUUCUUUUCUUCUAUUUGGCUGAAUGGUAUACAUUGUUAGUUAUUAACUAAAAAUUUAUACAAGAUAAAGCUCACAGUACUAAAGACAUCACACUGGUUUUGGAUGUGCACCAAAUGAUUGAGAGCCCAAACCUGGAUCUACAUGUUCACUCGGAGAUCACGAAUCCAAACCAUGCUCUAUGGGUGCACCAAAGGAGCUGGAUUUCAACAUCAAUAUUUGUGACUUCUUAAUACACCAUUUUAAUAGUCAAAUAUGAAGAUUUAUUCAUAAAUUGACACAUUUUGUAAUUUUGGAUACUGCUAUGCUUAUUUAGUUUAAAAAAAUCAUUUCACCUUUUGCUGCUGAUGCAAUCUUGUGAAUAUUGAAUACUAUGAUAUUCUUAGUUUAUUUUGCUUCACAAUUGGUGACUUAUUUCAUUUGAUCAAAGAUAACAUGGAUUACCCCUGUUGACAUUUUGCAGUUUUUCACUUACAGUAAAUUGAUGUUACUGCAGAAUUGAGCAUACAGUUUAGAAAAAACUAUUUUGAACGUUUAUCAUUAUCUUUAAUGGAUUCAAGAGAAUGGGUCAUUUCUUGAUUUUUUUUUUUUCUUGAAACCAUAUGUCAUUAUUAGAAGUUUAUGCAGAACAAAAAAACCUUCAUUUUCUAGAAAAUAAAUGUUAUCAACUUA